AUGAGUGAAAGUGAAGAAGAGAGUGUUUUAGUAAAAUAUAAAAUAAUAUAUAUAGUCUGAAGAUGUUGAGUAAGACGAAGAAGAACUUUAUGCUAAAAAAGAAGUAUGAUAUAUUGAUGAUCAUAAAUAGCUAUUACGAAUUGAUGAUUUAAAAAGAGAAUAAGAAAAGUUUCUCUACAAAUUAAGUUGUGAGAAGCCAGUUAAGAUUAGUAGUAGUUCAAGACAAGAAAUAAAAGAUUAGUAAGUAAGUGAUAAACUAUCAAUAUUAUUUGAUGAAGUAGAGGAAGAAAUGGAUAAUUUGAUUUCUAAAGCUAAAUAAUAUGUUUAAUACAUUAACAAAAGGUAAGGUGAAGAAAAUAGUACUUUGCCAAAUACAUACCUCAAAACCCAACCAAGUAUUUUAAAAAAAGGAUAAUUAACCGGGUAUCAGCUAUAAGGAUUGAAUUGGUUGAUUAGUAUGUAGGAAGCAGGAUUAAAUGGGAUAUUAGCAGAUUAAAUGGGUUUAGGUAAAACAAUUUUAACAAUUGCACUUUUGGGGUUCAUGAAAUAGUUCAAAAAUAUUUCUGGACCUCAUUUGAUAGUAGGACCUUUAAGUACAGUUACUAAUUGGGAAAGAGAGUUAUCAGAAUGGCUACCAAAAUGUAGUGUAUUAAAAAUGAUGGCCACUGAAGAAUGGAGACAUGAUUUCAAUAAGCAUCUAAAUAAGAAAAAUUAUGAUGUUAUAGUAGCAUCAUAUGAAUGUGUGAUAAAUAAUGAAAGAAUUUUAAACAAAUAUAAAUUUGAAUACUUAAUAAUAGAUGAGGCGCAUAAAUUAAAGAAUGAGGAGAGUUUGUUUUUUACAACAUUAAAGAGGCUAAGUUCAAGGUUUAGGUUAUUAUUAACAGGUACUCCUUUAUAAAAUAAUCCUCAUGAAUUAUGGAGUUUACUCAAUUAUUUAAUGCCUCAAUUAUUCACAUCAAGUGAGGCUUUUGAUUAGUGGUUUUACAUAAAUAAAUUGAUUUCAGAAAAGGAAAUGUUGUAAGAGAAAUAUGAAAAGAGAAAUUUGAAUAUGAUAGAAAAAGCUAAGUCUAUAAUUUAAACCUUCAUGUUAAGAAGAACAAAAUCUGAAGUGGCUUUGGAUAUUCCACCUAAAAAGGAAAUCCAUCUUUAUGUUUAGAUGACUCCAUUAUAAAAAACUCAUUAUAGAAACAUAAUAUUAAAUAAGAAAGUUGUGGGAGUCACAACAUAAAAAUCAUUAAUGAACAUUCUAAUUUAAUUGAGAAAAAUUUGUUAGCAUUUGUAUAUGUUUCCAGAAUUAGAGGAUAGAGACUUACCAACAUUAGGAGAGCAUUUGAUUGAAAAUUCAGGAAAACUGAAAGUACUCGAUAUGUUUCUUAAGAAAUUAUAUAAUGAGAAUCAUAAAGUCAUAUUGUUCUCUUAAUUUUCAACUUUAUUAGAUAUUUUAGAAGACUAUUUAAAUUAUAGAAAAUAUAAAUACUGCAGACUUGAUGGAUCAACACCAAUGGAAGUUAGAGAUGAAAAUAUAAGAAAUUUUUAAAAACCUAAUUCAGAUUUGUUCAUAUUUUUAUUAUCCACUAGAGCUGGAGGAUUGGGUAUUACUUUGACUGCAGCAGAUACUGUUAUUAUAUAUGAUAGUGACUUUAAUCCUUAAUUAGAUCAAUAGGCUAUGGAUAGAGCUCAUAGAAUUGGAUAGACCAAGAAUGUUAUGGUGUAUAGAUUAAUUUGUAAAUCAACUGUAGAAGAGAAGAUUAUUGAGAGACAAUAAAUCAAGUUAAGAUGGGAGUAGAUGAUUAUUGACAAAGGACAUUCUUAGAUGGUUGGUAUGAUGAAUAAGAAGGAAGAUUUGAAGAGUAUAACUACUUAUGGAGCAAGUUAAAUAUUGAAAGAUGAACCUUAUACAGAAGAAGAUAUUGAGACACUUUUAAAAAGAGGAGAAGAACUAACUGAAUAGUUGAAUUAAUAAAUUGAUAAAAAAUUCAAAAUUAUUGAAGAUAAAAUUGAAAAAGUAGAGUUGGGUGUAAAAACAAUCAAAGUCUUUGAUUUUUUUAAAGAUCCAAAUAAUGAAAAGGAUCUAUAAGUAAUAGAAUAAUAGAUUAAAUUGAAUUAAGUCAAUAAAUAAGUUGAAUAAUCAAAUAAAGGAGAGAUAUUACCAUAGUUUUCUAAAUUAUGCACAGAAGUUGAUGUUGAAGCUCAUAAGUUUUACUCAGAUCCAUAAUAAUAUAAAGAAUUGAUGUAAAGAGAUGAAAACUUCAAACUUUAUGAAUUAUACAAACAAAAACAGCUUGAUUUUCAAUUAGAUAUUGAGAUUUUGCCUUUAACUCCAAUGGAAGAUAAAUAAUUACAGAAAUUAAAAUAAAGUGGUUUUGAGUGGAGAACGAAGGAAUUCGAUUAAUUUUUACAAUCCUGUAUUAAAUAUGGUAGAGGUGAUAUUAUGAAUAUUGCUAAUAGUAUGGGCAAAACACAAAAGGAGAUUCAAUAAUAUAUGAAAGUAUUUAAUUAAAGAUAUGAUGAAAUUCCUGAUAUAAACAAAUAUAUGGUUAGAAUUGAGAAAACAGAGGCAUAAUUGGAACAAGAAUAAGAAUACUCUGAUCUCCUUAUUAAGUUUAUCAAAUUAUAUGAUGAUCCAUUGCUAGAAAUGGAUUUUAAUUAAAUUUAUAAAUAAACUUAUUUCACUUUAGAAAGUGAUUAACUAAUAGUUUAUGCAACUUAUAUUGAAGGAUUUGGAAGAUGGGACAAAAUUCAGAAAUACAUUCUGAAUCAUGAAUUAAGCUUCUUUGAUAAUUAUAUAAGGUAUUUAUUGAUAUUAAAUUAAUUAAUAGAUCAUUAACUAAAAAAUCAAUUAAAUAAAGAUUGUUAUUAUUAUUGAAGAGUAUUAAAAAGAUUGUUGACUCAAAGAAUAAAUAAGCAAAGAAAUCUGAAUAAAUGAAAGCUAAGUAAGUGGAAGAAGCCAAAGAAGCAGAUAAUGUUGAAUAGUCAAAAUCGAGAUCUAAUUCAAAAAAUAGAAAGAAAAAAAAAAGUAAGUCAGUAAAAAAAGUAACUUAAUCGAAAAAGAAGAAAACUAAGAGUCCAAAGCCUAUAAGUAGUGUGAAAUCAAAAUCAAUUGAUUAAUCUAUAAAAGAAAUGGGUAAAUCAAUACUGAAAAAAUGA